AAUUAAAAUAUACUAACUUUUUUUUUACAAGCGGUGUAGUGAACCCCAAUGUCAAAAUAAAUUUCUGUCAAUCCUAUUACAUUCAAUGUCAUUUGUCAUUUUAGUCAUAAUUUCAAUUUAUUAAAAGCCGGUCAAACAAAUUAAAUCUGUAGUAUACAUUUUCAAAAGAAUUAAUAUGGCAUUGAUUCCCUAUUCUAAAACAUUAUAUUCUGCUUUUAAAUCGUACGCAACUAAUUGUGUAAACAUAAAAGGGGCAGUUCGCAAUUUAACUUCUAAACAGCUGGUGUAUAGCGAAUUCGGCGAUCCAUUGCAUGUUGUAAAGUACAGGGAAUGCCAAGUCCCACCGCUGGGGAGCCAAGAAGUGUUGGUGCGCAUGCUGGCAGCUCCGGUUAAUCCAGCUGACAUAAACACAAUACAAGGAAAGUAUCCUGUGAAAGUAAAUCUACCUUGUGUGCCUGGAAAUGAAGGAGUUGGAAUUGUUGAAGAGGUAGGUAAAGAAGUCAGUAGAAUAUGUCCUGGGAACAAAGUCAUAGUAACUAAACCAGUUCAAGGCACUUGGAGAGAUAUAGCAAUUUUCAAUAAAGAUGUUCUAAGAGUUGUUCCUGAUAGUCUAGGUACUGUAGAAGCAGCUACGCUAACAGUAAAUCCAUGUACUGCCUAUAGAAUGCUAUCAGACUUUAAACCAGUUAAAGAUGGCCUUGUUGUUAUCCAAAAUGGAGCUAAUAGUGCGUGUGGACAAAAUGUCAUUCAAAUAUGUAAAGCUUGGGGAAUAAAGAAUAUUAACAUUGUUCGCAAUAGGCCAGAAAUAAAUGAACUGAAAAAGUAUUUAGAAUGUCUUGGUGCAACUUAUGUGUUAACUGAAGAAGAAUUGAGAUCAACAAAUAUAUUUAAGGAAAAGAAAAUUGACAAGCCUUCCUUAGCCUUAAAUUGUGUGGGCGGAAAAAGUUCUUUAGAAAUGUUAAGACAUCUACAGCAUUCCGGAUGCAUGGUGACUUACGGAGGGAUGUCCCGAGAUCCUGUGUCAAUACCGACAUCGGCAUUUAUUUUCAAAAAUCUUUCCUUUUUUGGAUUUUGGAUGACUGCUUGGAAUGAAAAAGCUGACCUAGUACAAAAAGAUGAAAUGAUAAAUGAAAUUAUUUCAUUGAUGUGUGAAGCCAAGUUGAAAAGUCCUGUACACCAAAUGGUUAAAUUUGAAAAUUUUCAGGAAGCUUUACAAAAUGCUCUUACAGUUAAAGGGUAUACAGGAUGUAAAUAUAUUUUAGAUUUCACUAAGACUUGUUAAGCAUAGUUGAAUUUAUGAUAUAGAUUUAACUAAGAUAGUAAUUAUGAAAUGUUCUUAAUAAAAAAGAUUAUAUAGUGGAA